AUGGAGUUUCUGGGGACCACACAGCUGGCCAGUUACUGCAGCACAAAGAAGAGUUGCCUGUUCCCGGAUCUAGCUCCCACCAGCACCACCAAGGACACCUAUCAGUCCUACUGCCUACCAGGCUACCGCUACCUUAGCUCCCAGAGGCCCGGUCUGCUUCGCAAAGUGGUUUCGGUCCCUCCGAGCUCUGACAAGCAAUUUAAUCACCCUAGGCCACCACCCACUGUUUUGCCUGCAUUACGCUCUAGUCUGCAUGCCCGCUACAGCACUCAUGACUGGCACCAUACGAACAUGGUUCAACUAAAAGGCUUUGAAGCCUCCAGGUGCCGUGCUGGUAGACUGAACGCUGAUUCAAUGAGACUGAUGCAAAAUAAGGAUCAACUGACUUAUCAGAUGCAAGAAGACAGCAGAAGAAACCUGGGAGAGAGGAUCUCUAACAUUGAUUUCUGGAGAUCUGAGCUCACCUAUGAGCUAGAGUGCCUGCUGAAAGAGACCCAAGCCUUGGAAACCACAAAGAAGCGGCUCGAAUGUGCUGUAGAUGAAAUGCAAGGACCACUGAAAGUAGCCCUAGAAUGCUUAUACCACCGUGAGAAGCGGAAGGGUAUAGACUUAGUUCAUGACGAUGUGGAAAAGAACCUCAUCAAGGAGGUUGAUGUAUUCAAGGACUGUCAAGAAAUACUGACAAAACUUGCCCAGAAAAUCACUCAACAGUUGGGCAUCAACAGAAAUGCACAGCAUGCCCUGGAGCAGGAUCUUUCUGACAAAAACUCAGCCCAUUUUAUUGAUGAGAAGUGCUUUAACCUGAGGAACACAUCAGACAGCAUCAGCUUUUACCAUGGAGUGGAAAAAGCAGAUGGGACCGUUUCAGUUCCUGCAACAUGGGCUAAAUACAGUGAAGACAAUAUCAGGUGCUCUCAACAUGCAAGGGCCAACUCUGUCAAGCUUCGAGAGGAUGCAGAGUUUGGACUGGAGAGCGCAUCUGAGGAGAUGUGGAAUCAUUUCCUCAGUACCAACUUGGCCUUUAACAAUCGUAUUGCUGAAGUAGCUAAUGCAAAGAACAAACUCCAAGCACAACUGGCCAAGAUACUUCAAGAAAUCUUCCAGACAGAAGAUACAAUCAUGUUACUGGAGAGAUCCAUAAAGGCAAAGGAGUACCCACUGAAAGUGGCUCAGACCCGCCUGGAGGGAAGAACUAGACGACCCAAUAUAGAACUUUGCCGUGAUGCACCUCAGUUUCAGCUUGUCACUGAAGUUUACACUAUAGAUGACACGCUACAGACCCUAAAGCGAUGUCUGCAAGAAGCCCAUGAUACUCUGCAGAUGCUGAUCCUCAACAAGUCAGAGCUGGAACAUGAAAUUUCUGUGAAGGCAAACUCCUUCUUCAUUGACAGGAAGUGUAUGGACAUGCGCAAAGUCUUCCCCAGCACCCCACGGCUCAUUGGCUACACUUGA